AGAUCGCGGUUUGUCCCUCAGUAAACAGUAAAUACAAAUGUCAGCACAUUUACGGUGAUCUCUUGCAUACACAGAGAUUUGGGCGGAUAUCUGUAUAGGCAGGUCGCUUUCGUGUAGAUGGGCGUUAAGUGCUGUUAACUUAUGUAAAGGCAAUUUGUUGAUAUCGAAAUGUACGUUUCGAGGGUACCCCUGCAAAGAUCUGCAAAGCAAAGAUCUGUAGUGAGUUGAAGCUUGUGUGGCAUUUUCUAGGUCGCCAUUUUGUUUUUAGCGGAGGUGCAGCAUAUGUAUAUAUUUUACAGGAAAAUCGUGUUAUAGUGAUUCAUCUCUAACUCUGGGUGUCAACAAUCGAAAAAAAUGAGCUCUAAUGGGACUAGUGAGACCCAGAUAGUUCUGUAUGGUUCGAGCGGUAGAAGUUCUUCACAUUCAAACCAUUCACCCACUGGGAAGGACUCGAAAAAACGGGAGACCGAAGCUGAAAAGGAAGAGCGGCGAAAGAGGCGCAGGUCCAGAUGGGGAGGUGAUGAGAAAGAGAAGACGUUUAUUCCGGGCAUGCCAACUGUUCUUCCUACAAACCUGAGUAAGCAGCAGGAACAGGCAUAUUUAGUUCAGCUCCAGAUUGAAGAAAUCAGCAGGAAACUGCGCACUGGCGAUUUAGGGAUACCAGUUAACCCAGAAGAAAGAUCUCCAUCUCCAGAACCCAUUUACAGCAGUGAUGGCAAGAGACUCAAUACAAGGGAGUAUAGAACGAGGAAAAAAUUGGAAGAAGAAAGGCAUCAUCUCAUACAAAAAAUGCUGACACUCAAUCCAGAUUUCAAACCACCUGCUGAUUACAAACCACCAAUUAUCCGCGUAAGUGACAAAGUAAUGAUUCCUCAGGAUGAUCAUCCAGACAUCAAUUUCGUGGGUUUAUUAAUUGGCCCACGAGGUAACACCCUAAAAUCCAUGGAACGUGAUACGGGGGCAAAAAUAAUUAUUCGUGGCAAAGGUUCUGUAAAAGAGGGAAAAGUUGGCCGGAAGGAUGGCCAGCCUCUCCCUGGAGAAGAUGAACCAUUACAUGCGUAUGUCACAGCUAACAAUCCAGAAGCUGUCAAAAAAGCAGUUGACAAGAUAAAAGAGAUAAUAAGACAGGGAGUAGAAGUUCCUGAAGGACAGAAUGAUUUAAGGAGAAUGCAACUCCGUGAGCUAGCGUUACUAAAUGGUACCCUGAGAGAGAAUGAAGGGCCAAGGUGUACCAACUGUGGUGCUUCUGACCACAAAUCAUGGAUGUGCCCAGAUAAACCCAAUGUAACAAACAACAUUGUGUGCACAAGCUGUGGUGGAGCAGGUCAUAUAGCAAGAGAUUGCAGGCAGAAAAGACCUGGUGCAACUGGAGCCACCACUGGAGAUAAAAAUAAGAUUGAUGAAGAGUAUAUGUCGCUGAUGGCUGAAUUGGGAGAAGGUCCACCUCCCAAUCGAGAUGGAGACAACAAUGCCAACAAUCGUUUCAAUAACAAUCGCCGUGCCACAAACAAUUUAUUUGAGCGUCAGAUGGCACCACGGGCAAUAAUGGCACCACCACCACGAGCAGAGCAACCAGCAAUGCCUACACCACCUCAGUUGAUUCCUAAUACAUUACCUCCGCCACCCUGGACACCAGGCAUACCUCCAGCAACGAAACCAGAAGCAAUGCCUCCUAUGACACACAUUCCUCCACCAGUCUCCACAGCAGUUCCCAUUCCACCACCAUGGCAAGCUGCUGCAGUACCGCCACCCAAUAUGCUUCAGGUACCUCCACCUCCACCACCAGCUGUCCAGCCUCCUCCUGUCACUUCUGCUAUUGCCACUUUAGCUCCAUGGACACAACCACCGCCACCAGGAGCUCAGCCUCCACCAGCAAAUGUUCCACCUCCUGGUCUACCACCAUGGCAGCAACCACCACCACCUGUUGCUGCUGUGCCACCAGGGCCAGUACCACCACCUGCACGUGCACCUCCACCUCCCCCACCUGCUGUUUUCCCCUGGCAUCAGGGUUAUAUUGGUGUUCCUCCACCACAACCUCAGCCUGUCCAACCACCUCCACCACCACAGCAGCAGCCACAGCCACAACCUCAAGCACAACCUCAGCAACAGCCACCACCGCAGCAGCAGCAGCAACAGCAGCAGCAGCAAGGCAGUGUCGAUAUCAAUACAAUUGCAGGGCUUCCCAAUUUAUUGGCAGCUCCACCUCCACCACCUCCAAGUUAACACAUUGAUUUAUUUAUAUGAAAUGUCAUAAAAUGAAGUCCACUGAGAAAUUCUGAUUUCGAAGAAUUUGAUUCAUUAUUUUGUUUGCAAUUUUCUGCUCUGGGGACAAGAAUCUUGUUAGGAAGAUGAUAUUGCUUUACACUCUGUGCUGUCUGUAUUGCUGGGUGCUAGCUAAAUCAUUUCAGCAAUGUAGAGAGAAUAUUUCAGACAGCAGCCUUCCUUAAAAUAAUUUCCACUUACGUGUCUUGUAGUGACAAUUGUCACUUUCUUGUACUUUGUGUAUAGAGUAAACAAAAUGUCAUGGUCUUCGAUUAGAUAUAUCACUAUUGUAUCAAGCUUUGUGUAUGUUCACACAGUUUACAUAACUCUUUCUGUCUUUUCUGUAACUCAUAUGAUCUCUGUAGUGUAGUAUAUUUAGUGCAGUAUGUUGGAGUGUGUGAAAAGCAUGUAGAGGCAAAAUGCUUCAGUGGACUGGCCAAAAUUGCCAUUAAGCACUAGAUUUUGUAGAUGGUUAUUUAGGAUGGCUAGAUGGGGCACUAGAAUCCCCAUCCUGUGGAAUAGUUUGCUUGAAUCACCAUUUUUUAUCUUAAUGAUUAUAUAGAAAAAAAAUGGGACUUUUAAUGAACCAUGUAAUUGGUAUGACCAUUAAAAUACCAAACAGCACCUCACCUGCCAUUAAGUUAAUUUUUGCAUUGAAUAUUUUUAUUGUGAACUAUGAUACUUCAAUAAGAAUAGCCCACUGGUUUAGUGGAAAAUCAUGCUGCCUUGUAAAUGUUUAUAUAAUAAGCAUUCAUAAUGUUUUAGAGUGACAUAAUUCUAAAUCAUUUGGAUAGUAAGUCUUAAUAUUUCACCUAACAUUGAGGUGGUGUAUAUUCUUUAUUACAAGUGAUGUACAAAGAAUGUGUAUUUACUGUGGCCUGUAUUAUUUUUUGUUUUGUUUUUGGAAACUAUUGGUUUAAAUAGCCAAUAAACUGUAUAAAACUA